AUGACAAAGUACGACAACGAGCGGGAUAGUAUCCGAUCGACGAUUAGAUCGGCUCUGCUCGAUUCCUCGAGAGAUCGGUUCUACCCGAUCUCUCGUCAUAUCGACUUAUGUCACUCUUCGUGUCCUGCUGGAUCGUUAUCUUCAGCAAAGCCGAUACGAAAGAGACGGGGUACUGCUGAGUCCCGCUCGUUGUCGUACUUCGACAUUAAGAGGGAUGCGCCCAGCUUUAGGCAUGUGCCGCAACUGUAUAUUGAUAAAAUAAUAGGAGGACGGUUGUCGACGUUUAUCGGGCGAUUUUAG